AUUUCCCAACGUGUUAGUGAAUUAGUCACAGAAUGUGCUGCUCAAUUUGGUUUAUUACUUGAUGAUAUUUCAAUUACGGAACAAAGUCGUCAAGCAAAUGUUACUGCAGCAGAAGGUGAUGCUCGUACAGGUGAUUUGAUUGGCAAAGCUUUAGAUGAAGCUGGUGAUGCCGCUGAAGGUAUUGCAAAUCAAUUAUCAAAAUCAAGAAAUAGCGUCUAUUUACCACAUGGUCCUCAAAUGUUACUUAACAUUAUUGGUGCUAUUCAAUAA